AUGGCAGAUAGGCAGUACCAAGCAGUUCAUGUUUUUACUCUCAAGCAGUACACGAUGCGUGUGCACGGAAAGCAGAAAACAAGUGCUGUCUCGGACCAUCAGGCCGACGACCAGCACCAUCGACGGGCCUUCGCUGAUGAAUUUUCCGCAGCACUGAAGCAGUACUGCGGCCCAACGCUCGGCGCAACUCGACAGCUCGUGUUAGCGGAGGAUGGGCACCGCACUUCGCCCACGGGAGAACAGAGGGGAGGCGAGCCAAGGAGAGCUGGUGGGGAAUGCGGGGGAGACGGGCCAGCAGCACACGGCGGCGGGAGAGCCGGGCUGACGGCGCACAACAGCAGAAGAGCUCCGCGCGGGGAGGGACAGAAGAGGCCGAAGGCCGAAGCUAUUCUAGAACCCCCCCCCCAAACCAAGCCGGGCAAGCGAACCUCCCACCCCGCGCGCAACCCACCUCCCCGCCCGCGCGCCUCCCACCUGCCGCGCGCGUCGCCUCCCACCACCUGCCGCGCGCUCCGGCUGCCGCCUCCCACCACCGCCGCGCGCUCCGGCUGCCGCCUCCCACCACCGCCGCGCGCUCGGCUGCCGCCGCCCACUCCGCCUGCCGCGCGCCCGGCGACCGCCGCCCCCACCACCCUGCUGCGGCCCCCGGCGACCGCCGCCCCCCACCACCUGCUGCGGCCCCCGGCGACCGCCGCCCCCACCACUCGCUGCGGCUCCCCGGCGACCGCCGCCCCCACCACCUCGCUGCGGCUCCCCGGCGACCGCCGCCCCCACCACCUGCUGCGGCUCCCCGGCGACCGCCGCCCCCACCACCUGCCCGCGCCGCCCGGCGACCGCCGCCCCCACCACUGCCGCGCCGCCCCGGUGACCGCCGCCCCGGCGACCGCCGCCCCCACCACCUGCAGCGCGCAGGCUUCCGCCGCCCCGUCACCUGCAGCGCCCAACCACCUGCCACGCGCACAGCCCCCGCCGUCCCCACCAACUAUCGGAGGCGCCACUGUCGCCCCAGGGAGCCUACCUUCCGCCCCCUGCGCCCAGCUCCUCCGGCAGCGCCCCAACCAGACCGAGAGUACAAAAAAUCUCUAG